CACAACAUACCUACUGAUAAAUUUAUCACUAGCAAGAAGUAUUCGUUUAAAAUAGACGCGUAUUAUGUAUUAAUUUUAGUUUUCUAAAAGAAGCAUGCAGAAAUAUAUCUGUGUUAAAGAUUUGGAAAAUGCAGCGUUAGAAUUGCUGCCAAAAGCAACAAGAGAUUAUUACAAAAGCGGAGCGACUGAGGAACAAACUUUAGCCGAAAACAGUAGAGCCUUUCGAAGAUUACGCAUUCGACCAAAAUGCUUAGUAAAUGUAGAAUGCGCCGAUAUGCGGACCAAAGUUUUGGGGAACGAGGUGUGCCUACCGGUCGGGAUUUCUCCAUCGGCGAUGCAGCGCAUGGCUCAUCCGGAAGGAGAAGUUGCUAAUGUAAAGGCUGCUGAGGCAGAAGGUACCGUUUAUAUUCUCAGCACGAUCGCAACAAGCUCCAUCGAAGAAGUAGCUCGGGCAGCUCCUAAAGCCAUUAAAUGGUUUCAACUUUAUAUUUACAAUGACAGAGAGGUAACUAAGAAUUUAGUAUCGAGAGCAGAACAAGCUGGUUACAAAGCAUUAGUAUUGACAGUGGACACGCCACUUUUUGGAAUUCGACGGGCAGAUAUUCGUAAUAAAUUUACUCUACCACCACAUUUGAAAUUAGCAAAUUUUGAUGGAGAUUUAUCGACAAAAAUACAAAGCACAAAGGGUGGAAGCGGACUGAAUGAAUAUGUGAAUGGCCUUUUUGAUAAAUCAUUGACAUGGGAUGAAAUCAAAUGGUUGAAAUCCAUCACUAGGAUGCCUAUCAUUGCAAAAGGGAUUCUACGAUCGGAUGACGCUGUUAAAGCAAUUGAAGCUGGUUGUUCGGCCAUUCUAGUAUCUAACCACGGCGCAAGGCAACUAGAUGGUGUCCCAGCUACGAUCGAAGCUUUACCGGAGAUUGUAGAGGCUGUCAAGGAGUAUAAUACUGAAGUUUACUUAGAUGGAGGUGUUACUACUGGAACAGAUGUCUACAAGGCUCUGGCCUUAGGUGCAAGAAUGGUGUUCGUUGGCCGACCUGCAUUAUGGGGCUUAACAGUAGGGGGUCAAUCAGGAGUGCAAAGAAUGCUGAAUAUUUUUAGCACCGAAUUAGAAUAUACUCUACAAAUAGCAGGUACGCCAACUAUCGCAGAUAUCACAAGAGACAUGGUGUGUCAUGAAAAUUUCUACUGUAAACUAUAAUUUGAAUAACCCCGCAAUUACCAUCUGCGAUUUCAUAGUUAAGUAAGUUUUGAAGUAACAGUCAUUGAAUCCUAUCCUAUUCUUCAAUGUGCUAUGCGUAUAUUUUUUAAUGUAAAAUACACUUUUAUUUCAUA